UUUUACUUUCAGAAGACUUUGAAAAGAUUAAAAGAAAAGUUAAAAAAGAGGUUAAACAUCUCUAUCUAUCUAUGAUAGAUAGAUAGAUAGAUAGAUAGAUAGAUAGAUAGAUAGAUAGAUAGAUAGAUAGAUAGAUAGAAAUAUUGAUUGAUUGAUAAGACAGACAGAAUAGCCUUAAAGUAAUGAUGUAAAUUUUACACAAUGUGCGCAUGCGCCCCCUCUAGUCAUCGUCUUCUCCACUGGAACUUGAUUUCCGCCAUGAUGGCUGUUGCAGUUGUACGAGUUCCUGCUGUAUUGCUUUGUAACCUUUACGCAUUCCUGAUAAAAUAUCGUGCAGUUUCACAUCUCGCUCCACGGCCUUCCACGAAUUUCCUUCCGAUAUGUCCGCCAGACUGACUUCUUCAACUAUCUAUUCAUCUCAAAAACCGCUCGCCCUCCCACACCCAACAUGGCCGCCGAAUGCGCCCGUCCACGCCGUACGAGCUAAACAUGGCCGCCAUCCGCGUCCGCUUUGGCUGUACGCACCAAACAUGGCCGACCGGCGGGGCCGCGUAGGUAUCGUCAGCACCCAACAUGGCCGCCCGCCGCGUCCGUCUCGGGUUCCGCAGGAAUGUGAAAGGCGGCGGCCGCCGCGGCGCUGAGUGCCAAAAUAUAAGGGAAUGAUAGCGGGCGCUGUGCAUGAGUGGGCGCCGCUGCGUGAGUGAAGAAACAUCGCUGGACGGCGCGCGUUAGCUAUUUAGACCUGGAGUGACAAUAUAUAAGAACAACCCUGCUACUGGAGGAGAGCCCGGAGCUAGACAGUGUUUAUUUCAGACGGCUCUAAUACGCAACACCUGAAGCCAUGUCGGAGGACCUGAGCUCCCAGACCUGGUCCAUUAACAAGGAUGACUACGAGCUUCAGGAGGUAAUCGGAAGCGGAGCCACGGCGGUCGUCCAGGCCGCGUACUGCGUUCCCCGCAAGGAGAAGGUCGCCAUCAAACGCAUCAACCUGGAGAAAUGCCAGACAAGCAUGGAUGAGCUCCUGAAAGAGAUCCAGGCCAUGAGCCAGUGUCACCAUCCUAACAUCGUGUCAUACUACACCUCCUUUGUAGUGAAAGACGAGUUGUGGCUGGUAAUGAAGCUGCUCAGUGGCGGGUCCGUGCUGGACGUGAUCAAGCACAUCAUCUCACGCGGAGAGCACAAAACCGGAGUCCUGGAUGAGCCCAGUAUAGCCACCAUACUGAAAGAGGUUUUACAGGGACUCGAGUACUUGCACAAAAAUGGGCAGAUUCACAGGGAUCUGAAGGCUGGAAACAUCCUGCUGGGGGAAGACGGCUCUGUUCAGAUCGCAGAUUUCGGCGUGAGUGCCUUCCUAUCCACUGGCGGCGACAUCACCAGGAACAAAGUGCGCAAGACGUUUGUCGGGACGCCGUGCUGGAUGGCUCCUGAGGUCAUGGAGCAGGUGAAGGGUUAUGACUUUAAAGCAGAUAUUUGGAGUUUUGGGAUCACAGCCAUUGAACUGGCCACCGGAGCUGCUCCUUAUCACAAAUACCCUCCUAUGAAAGUAUUGAUGCUGACCCUGCAGAACGAUCCUCCCUCCCUGGAGACUGGAAUCGCAGAUAAAGAAACGGUCAAGAAAUACGGCAAAUCCUUCAGGAAGAUGAUCUCGCUGUGUUUGCAGAAGGACCCCGAGAAAAGGCCAACAUCAUUGGAGCUCUUAAAACACAAGUUCUUCCAGAAAGCGAAGAAUAAUGAAUUUCUACAGGAGAAGUUACUGCAGAGAGCACCCACAAUAUCAGAACGUUCAAAAAAGGUAAGGCGGGUUCCUGGCUCCAGCGGCAGACUGCAUAAAACAGAAGAUGGAGAAUGGGAAUGGAGUGAUGACGAGUUGGAUGAGGAGAGUGAAGAAGGCAAGGCUGCUGUUGCUGCUUUACGGUCACCAAGAGUGAAGGAGGGCUCGCAGAACUCUGAGCAGCUUUUCCAGCCGGCGGAGCCCUUUGGCAGUCACCUCCAGACGGGUGUUCCUGCCCAACCCGAUUUACCUCAGCCUGGUGGGCAAGCCGUGCCACCCUUACAGUGCCCGCCUGCUUCUGCUAACCCUGCCCAGGUCCCUGUUCCUGCCCCUGCCUCUGCCAGUGAUGCCUCCAAGUCACCCAUCAGCCUGGUGUUGAGGUUAAGAAACCUGAAGAAGGAGCUCAACGACAUUCGAUUUGAGUUUAUGCCUGGACGAGACACGGCAGACGGCGUGUCCCAGGAGCUGGUGUCUGCAGGCCUGGUAGAUGGUCGGGAUUUAGUUAUAGUUGCUGCUAAUUUGCAGAAGAUAGUUGACGAGCCUCAAACCAACAAAAACGUCACUUUUAAACUGGCGUCCGGCAUCGAAGGCUCGGAGAUUCCUGAUGAUAUCAAACUAAUGGGAUUCGCUCAGCUCAGUAUCAGUUAAAGUUUGACUCCACGCAGGGACCAUGACUUGCCUAAAAAUGUGAAAAACGCGCAACAAAAAAAAAAAAAAGAAAGAAAACCCAACACCACACCCAUAGAAUGACACCCGAAACCCCACCCCACCCCCAACCCCCCCUCACCCCACACCGUUUGAGAUACCACUUCUGCCAAAGAAAACCGUGUCGUGUCGUGAGCCCAUAGGAUUUAACCAGAAGACCUCCCAGCUCUAGGAGGCACUGGAGUGAGAUCAGAAUCGAUAGGAAACAGUCAACUAACGUUUACAGUGUACAUGUAGAAGGUUGUUUAGUUGUUGGUUUUUUUUUUGUUGUUGUUGUUUUUUCAAACCACACAUUCAUUUUUCCAUUUUUGUUCUUUUUUUUUUCUUUCUGUAAUUUAUACGUCCCCGAACAUUUGCACAAUCUGAACUAACGCCCUAAAAUGUUGAUUCAUGUAACAAUGCCUUAUAGUGAAGAGCUACUGAAUGCAUGUUCUCAAUGAUUUUUUUCUUCUUCUUCAUGAUGAAAUAUUCUAGCCAAAUCUUUAUUUUUAUUUAGAUUUUUUUUUAUACACAUGUAGUUCUUUAUGGUUUCUGGUUUGAAGGAAACAGCUAGCACACUUUAACUGAACUGAGUGCCCUACUCGAGCACACACUUUUAGCCUUAUCAUGACCAGAUGUAUCUGCGAAUCUGCUCUCGGAAUGUUCUCGCGAUGUUCUCGGGCACUUGUUUUUUUUGCAUUUUUUUUUUGCAUUCUUAGCUGCUGUACAGAAUUCCUAGUUUCUAUUGCAAUGCGUGGCGUGGAGGCGAGUGGGUGCACACAGAAGACACACUUCUUUCUAAUCAGGGGUCGACAAAUCAUGUUUAUUCCCUAGCUCACCACUCCAGUGUGCUGUUAGUUACCCGGAACCAGAGGCUACAGCGGUUCAAUCGGCAUUCGAUGAGGAGUCAGGGGCAGGGAGUCUGGAAGGGGGAGUCUGAAAAGGGGAAGGCACAAAGGAGUUGUCUUGGAAUGAGGAAUCAGGGAGAAUGAAGUCAGGAAACGGGGAGUCAGGAAGAAGUCGUCGGCCAAGGGGGAGUCUGGAAAGCAGAAGGCAGUGAGAAGUCGUCUGGAAAGCAGAAGACAGUGAGAAGGAGUCUGGAAACCAGACGGCAGGGAGGAGGAGUCUGGAAACCAGACGGCAGGGAGGAGGAGUCUGGAAACCAGACGGCAGGGAGGAGGAGUCUGGAAACCAGACGGCAGGGAGGAGGAGUCUGGAAAGCAGACGGCAGGGAGGAGGAGUCUGGAAAGCAGACGGCAGGGAGGAGGAGUCUGGAAAGCAGACGGCAGGGAGGAGGAGUCUGGAAAGCAGUUUAUUAGACUAGCAUCUGCUUGUCUGAUUUGUCCACCUCUGUUCAUGAAGUUAUUAAAUUUAUUAGUCACUGGAAUGAUUUCUCACACUCGUCUCUUUCACUCUCUCAUUCUCUCUCUUAUUACCCCCCCCACACAAACACACACACUAUAUUACACAAUUACACGUCUCUGAUUCAUCAAUUACUGCAUUAAAAAAUUUACAUUUGGA